UUCUCUGAUGUUGCCACUUUCCUCGGUAGAUCCGGGUUCAAGCUAAGAUCUUUUUCACUCUGCAAAUUAUAUAUGUCCCUGGCUCCUCCUAGCUAGGGCUUUGUUCAGCGAGUCUAAUCGUACGCGAACUCUGAGUUGGCCCGAGUUCAGCAAUGUACAGUGGGUCCAGUGAUGGCGAAGGCCAUGAGGCCGCGCAGAGGAAGAUCCCGCCUGCUUCGUCCAUGUUGUGGGUUCGGAACCUCCGCCGCUUCAUCGGAUCCGGUACCGGACUCGGAUCCGAAGCUCUCAUGGAGCUUGAAACAAAGAGAAUCUUGCUUGAUAUUUUCAAAGAGAAGCAACAAAAAAGUGCUGAAGCUGGCACAAUACCAAGUUUCUAUAAGAAGAAACCUGAAGAUGGAUCUAUUAGUCACAGGGUCCAGAGGCUGGCAAAAUAUCGGUUUUUAAAGAAGCAAUCAGAUCUUUUGCUAAAUGCUGAUGAUCUAGAUGCUAUGUGGGUUUGCUUAAGGGAAAAUUGUGUGAUUGAUGAUGCAACUGGUGCAGAAAAGAUGAAUUAUGAAGACUUUUGCCACAUUGCCUCUGUAUGUACAGAGCAGAUAGGGCCCAAAUGCCGUCGCUUUUUCAGCCCUUCCAAUUUCAUGAAGUUUGAGAAAGACGAACAAGGAAGAAUUGCCAUUCUGCCCUUUUACCUUUAUGUGAUGAGAACGGUUUCACUUACCCAAGCUAGAAUUGACAUGAGCGAGCUUGAUGAGGAUUCUGAUGGUUUCCUUCAACCUCAAGAAAUGGAGGCCUAUAUACGAGGUCUUAUACCUAAUCUGGCGCAAUUACGGGACAUGCCUGCAAGCUUUGUUCAAAUGUAUUGCCGCAUAGCUGCGCAGAAGUUCUUUUUCUUCUGCGACCCUCAUAGACGAGGAAAAGCGUGCAUAAAAAAGGUGUUAUUAAGUAAUUGUCUCCAGGAACUAAUGGAACUGCACCAGGAAAGUGAGGAAGAAGUCACUGACACUGAGCAAGCUGAAAACUGGUUCUCUAUGGCAUCUGCCAAGCGCGUAUGUGACAUCUUCAUUUUGCUUGAUAAAGAUAACAAUGGAACAUUGAGCAAGCAGGAGCUUCGAGAAUAUGCGGAUGGGGCAUUGACUGAAAUUAUCAUUGAAAGAGUGUUUGAUGAGCAUGUUCGACGAGGAAAAGUUGGGGGUGCAAGUUCAAGGGAGAUGGACUUUGAUAGUUAUCUGGACUUUGUUCUGGCCUUAGAAAACAAAGACACUCCAGAAGGGUUAACAUAUUUGUUUCGAUGUCUUGAUCUUAACGGGAGGGGUUACCUUACAACAGCUGAUAUACACUCUCUUUUCAGGGAUGUACAUCAGAAAUGGAUCGAGGGUGGAAACUAUGAAUUGUGUAUUGAGGACGUAAGGGACGAAAUCUGGGACAUGGUUAAGCCAGCUGAUCCACUACGGAUAACAUUGGCUGAUUUACUAGCUUGCAAACAAGGUGGCACUGUAGCCAGCAUGCUCAUAGAUGUGCGUGGUUUCUGGGCGCAUGACAAUAGAGAAAAUCUUCUUCAAGAAGAGGAGGAACCCGAAGAAGAAUCGUAAAUACACUUGAUGACUUGAAAGUUUGUUUCUUUACUAACAAAUUUAGAGGGUUUUGUUUUCUUUUGGUUUUUGGUUUUCGGUUUUUUACUUGUGUUAACGAGAUGAAUUGCAUCGAAUUGUAGCUAUCCUUGUAGUACUGUGUAAGUCAAUGUGAAAUGUAAAAUAAUAAUAUAGCUGAUUGUUGAUUGCA